AUGGCUUCUUGCCCCACCCUACCCUAUGUAUACAUGAUCAAUUGCAACUGUCAGCAAUCAUUUGAGUAUUUUCAGCCACGGAAACACGACAUACAAGACAUGUGGCUCAUUGCGAAGAAAAAUUCCCUUCUGUCUCCGGAUCUUGCAUUUAUAAGGGCGGUGCGCAGGGCUCCGUCAAAUUUGCCCAAUUUAGAAGGGUCAAUGUGUUUAGAUGUACGCAGGAAGUACAUCAAUUUGGGCAAACUGAGGGCAUUGCGGAUAAUAGUCAAGGCAUCAUGGGCCGAAAGACAGGAAACACGACCCAGGGCGAAUUUAAGCUCAGAGAGCUUAUAG